UUCUGAACCAGGUUGUAUGAAACAAUUUUCUAAUGAGCAAUGCCUUAAAGCUCAUAUUCAGUCCUGCCACCAACAUAUUACCUGCGAGAUAUGUGGGACCAAACAGCUGAAAAAGAAUAUCAAAAGUCAUCUUCGCACACAUGAAGAGGGAGGUUCAAUGGAGAGAAUUAAAUGUGAUUAUGAGGGCUGUCUUCAGACGUUUACUAAAAAAUCGAAUCUCCGUCAACAUGUGAAGGCUGUUCACCUUGAAAAUAAACCAUUUGUCUGUUGCUUUCCGGGUUGUGGCAAAAGAUUUGCCUACAAGCAUGUGAAAGACAACCAUGAAAAGAGUGGAUGCCAUGUCCAUGCACACGGGGACUUUGAAGAGGCUGAUGAAAAAUUCCGGUCCAGGCCAAGGGGAGGGCGUAAGAGGCAGUGCCCCACUGUAGAAAUGUUGGUUCGGAAAAGGGUGAGUCCUUCAAAACAAUCGAGGCAGGGCUAUGAGAACUUCUGAGGUUGAUCUCUCAAGAGGAGGAUGAGAGAAGGAGCAUUAUAGUAUGCUGGGUCUGGCCGGGAAGUGGUCUUUAAUUAAUUUGUAGUGUCUGUAUUGCCCAGUAUAGGAGAAAACAUGGCUUGCUACAAUGAACAGUUUUCUUUUUGAAAGGACAAUGUGCAGUUUUCUUGUGGAGUUAGUUAUUCGACAUUCUGAAGAAGUGAGACCAACUA